AUGGGGCACCUCAGCAUCUUCGCCACAAGGGCCGUCAUCCUCUUCAAACGCGUAGCUGCAUUUUUAGGGUUAGUCGUACCCCUCUGCGUCAUUUCUCCGGCAUUUCCAGCGAGGGGUAAGAGAGUCAUAGCAUUACUUGACCCAACAGAGGGUGGGUGGUUAAAGAAGAAAAUAAAAAGGCUUGGUAGAGGUAUCAAGAAGGUUGUAAAGAGCGUCAAAAAAGCUGGUUGCAAGAUUUUGUUUGGUGUCGGUUGUCCUGUCGCAGUUGGGACCCUUGGUACAACCAUAGCGGCAGGAAGUUCCGGUGUAGGAACUUCACUCGUGGCAGUAGGUACUGCAGCCGGUAUAGAUGCUUGCCAUGUGAGAAAAAAUAAAUGCAAAAGAAGUGUUGAAAUGACUGAAAUUCUGCUCCCAUUUUCCGACGAGAUGUCAGACUACGAUAUGGACGAUGAUAAGGUGAUCACAUACAAAGAAUUUGAGUUUGCUGUGUCACGAAGCGUAAACCUCGCAGACCCAGAGGAACUUCAUGAGCCUUUUGCAUUCGCUGACUUUGAUGGAGAUGGUGUUUUAGAUUCUGACGAAUUCAGCGGAGCUCCAUUUUUAUUCGCACGUAUGUAAUAGUUAUAGA